AUGUCUUACUACUUCAACUGUGAUGAUGUGGCCCUGAAGAAGUAUUUCCUAUACCAUUCCUAUGAAGAGCAGGAACAUGCUGAAAAGCUGAUGAAACUGCAGAAUCAAUGUGGUGUCCCCAUCUUCCUGCAAGACAUCAAAAAACCAGAUAGUGAGCUCUGGAAUAGGGGACUGAACACAAUGGAGUGUGCUCUGCACUUGGAAAAAAAUGUCAAUCAGUCAUUACUGGAACCGGAACUGCACAAGCCGGCAACUGACAAAAGUGACCCCCAUUUAUGUGCUUUCAUCAAAACCCAUUACUUGGAUAAACAGGAAAAGUCUAUCAAAUAA